UUGCUUAUUGAAACGUUACAGAUCCUCAACUCCAUUGCGUCCCUCGGCCUUGGUGCUUUUCUCUUCGCUGCUACUCUUUUGGAUUCCACUCGUGCUCCUCUGGCCGUAUUGUUCUUAUGCUUGAGCAUGGCAUCUGCAGGACUCCACACUCCUGGAUGUCAAACGGCCCUUGUUUCUUUGGCUCCCGCUUACUCUGGUGCCAUCACAGGAUUCGCCUUUUUCUUCGUUGCUUGCUCUGGGAUUGUAAACCCCAUCAUGACGAAGUGGAUAGCACAGGUAUAUCACCUCUCAACUGAAUCACAACCCUAG